AGAGUCUCCUGUUACGAAUUGCACGACCCCAACUCUAUAGACACAAUAGCUUUAGGCCACUGUAGCGAGAGACCGUGCUUUGUGUGUUUGCAUAAACACACAAUACCCGGGUGUGUCGCUAGUAAAGAAGAUCAUCUCGGAUCAUAAAUAACCAGGUAAUAAUGGGUGAGGUAAAUAUACCUGGCCUAUUGGGCAUCUUAGUUUUCUACCUGGCCAUUCUAGCGGUUGGUCUGUGGGCGGCAAAGAAGAGAAAGUCAAAUGAGGAGGAGUCCAUGCUUGCUGGAAGAAGUCUUGGUAUCUAUGUAGGAUCUUUCACCAUGACAGCCACUUGGGUGGGUGGUGGCUACAUCAAUGGCACGGCCGAGGCGGUUUACGCUGAAGGAAAAGGUCUCGUGUGGGCGCAAGCACCAUGGGGGUACACCACUAGCCUUGUACUUGGUGGGCUGUUUUUCGCGAAGAUCAUGCGUAUGCGCGAGUAUUUGACCAUGUUGGAUCCCUUUACGCGGAAGUACGGCCCUCGUUUUGGUGGAGUUUGUUUCAUCCCCGCCUUGAUAGGGGAAGUGUUCUGGUCCGCGUCGAUCCUCGCCGCGCUCGGGUCGACCGUCAGCGUAGUGGUCGGCCUAGACAGGUUCACGUCGGUCAUCACGUCGGCUGCUAUUGCAGUCGCCUACACAUUGGUGGGCGGGCUGUAUUCCGUGGCGUAUACGGAUAUCUUGCAGCUCAUUUGCAUCUUCAUCGGUCUGUGGCUGAGCAUCCCAUUCAUCAUGACUAACCCGGCCGUGGGUGAUAUCUCGGAUCAUAAGGAGUGGAUAGGGGAGUGGGAUCCUGCGAAAGCCGGACUCUGGCUCGACUACGGCAUGCAUCUGAUCUUCGGCGGGAUUCCGUGGCAGGUGUACUUCCAGAGAGUCCUGGCAUGCAGAACCCCCAAGGUCGCACAGGGGUUGUCUUUCACUGCUGCUAUUGGCUGCGUGAUAUUCACAAUACCAUCGAUCAUUAUCGGCGCCGCUGGCAAGGUGACAGACUGGAGCAAGACGUCCUUCUACACGGGUCCAGUAAAUGCCACCAACGUGACAGUUGAGUUCGAUCAGUCGCUGAUCCUGCCCAUGGCGCUUCAGUACCUCACCCCUACCGCCGUGUCGUUUAUCGGACUGGGUGCGGUCUCGGCAGCUGUCAUGUCAUCGUCCGACUCCAGCGUCCUGUCCGCCAGCACUAUGUUUUCCCACAACGUUUACAAGCUCGUCUUCAGGCCUCAGGCGUCGUCGCGUGAGAUGUACUGGGUGCUCCGUAUCGCCAUCAUCGGUGUUGGUGCUAUCGCCACCACCAUGGCCCUCACCGUCAAGUCCAUCUACGUGCUGUUCGUCUUGUGUAGCGACAUCGUCUACGUCAUUUUGUUCCCUCAGCUCCUGUGCGUCAUCUACAUGGAUAAGAUCGUCAACACGUAUGGCGCCGUCUCAGGCUACAUCGUUGGCUUAUCCCUGCGUAUCUUGGGCGGAGAGCCGAACGUCGGGAUCCAGCCAACCAUAAUCUUCCCGUGGUACAACGAGACUGACGGGCAACUGUUCCCCUACCGCACACUUUCCAUGGCGUCCGGACUCUUCGCCAUCAUCGUGGUAUCUCAGCUUCUUCAGAUACUGUUCAAUCGUGGUAUCGUCCCAAUGAAAUACGAUUUUUUCCACUGUUUCGACGGCAAAGGAAGGAAGGAUGAGAUCCGCAAAGCGCCUUCUCCAGACAAAAUUCCCGACAUGCUUAAGGGAAAGGAGAUUGGAAUAGAUAACGUCCUUGGGAUUUCGUACGAGAGUAAACUGGACACUGCAUUAUAGACAGCUGGGUGACUGUACUAAGCUGAUUCGGAUGCGAGGGCAAGGAAGUGAAACAACAGGCGCCUAGCUGUGUGAGGGUUAUAGAUAUAUUGAUAACGUGUAAAACCUAACGAUAUAAAAGAAGGCCGCAUUUUAAUGGAAAAAAGAGAAGAGGUGUGCGUCCAGCUUUAGCUGCACAACAGGGAAGUUACUAAAAAUAAAAAAUGUUUUUUUUUUGUAAAAGCCAGGGAUAUGUAACUGGCAAUCGCGUUGAAGACAGCAGAUGAAAAAUUACUAGACUUAUGAUAUAUAAUCGUGUGUAAGCGCUUUCAGUGGCUUAAUAGUUUUGACUGAGUACAAACAUUUUUUUUUGUAGUUUGUACAUGAUUGUACAAGAAUCAGUUACAUUAUACUCAAAUUGACAUUUAUAACGUUUGGGAUAUCUUGCAUAGUCUAAAUUACACAAAAAAGUAAAAAAAUUGAGUUUGUAAAA